AUGGGAUCUCCAGCCACUUCCAUGAAGGCUACACGAAAUGUCGUUGAUGUAUCGACGAUGACGUUGUUGGAACAUGUCAAUCUAAAUGUGCCUAGUCAUGAGUACAUUCUUCCAUUCUACUUCGAUGUCCUGGGUUGUGGUCUUGAUCCUAGAAAAGCUUCAAAUUUAGAACCUGAUGCCCAAAAGAGAACAAUCUGGGCAAAUGCUGGCGCAUCUCAGUUCCAUUUGCCGUACGGCGAUGUGGCUCAGAGAAUACCGGGAAACAUUGGGCUACGAUAUGAUUCUUUGGAUGCUUUAAAGUCCAGGGUUGUAGAUUCGGACGCUGUAAAGAGCUACGAAAUCGGAGUCGACCCCAGGAGCCAACGAGAAUAUGUCAAGCUUGUGGAUCAAUAUGACAAUGUGUUCUGGUGCAGAACUGGCGAGUCUGUCAACGAAGAUAAGGUGCAGCCUAUUAUUGGCCCACAGGAUACUGAAAAAUGGGGAUCAUAUGCGGAGAAAUAUGGGCAAAAAGAGUCUGAGUGUCGGGGAAUUGACUAUGUCGAAUUUGAGUGUCCUCCCAAUAGUGCAGAAAAGAUUGCUGUGUUUUACGAGUCCGUGUUUGACGCUACAACAACAGUUGUUGACGUUGGAGGGGGGUCAAAGAUAGCCAUUAUUGCUUUUGGCAAAGUGGACAAUGCUGGAAAGGCCGACCAGUCUCUGCUUUUCAAAGAGACUACAUCCACACUCCCUCCAUAUGACGGGCAUCACAUCGCAUUUUAUGUAGGCGAGUCAGGAACUGACUUUGAUGUUUGCUACAGAAAUGCAGAGCUUGCCGGCCUAGUUUGGGUGAAUCCUCGCUUCACGGAUGACGCAGAUACUCUGGACAAGGCCCGAAAAUGGAGGCAGUUUCGAAUGAAGGAUAUCGUUGACAUGUCUAAUGGAGAAACGAUUAUGGAGUUGGAACACGAAAUCCGAUCAGUGGACCAUGAAUCAUGGCCAGGAUGA